UGGAUGACGAUGAUGUUCAACAAUUGCCUUACCUGAAAGCUGUGGUUAAAGAGACCAUGAGAUUGCAACCAACAGCACCACUACUACUCCCAAGAGAAACAACCAAGGAGUGUUACCUAGGUGGGUACGAAAUACCAGCCAAGACCUUAGUUUACGUGAGUGCUUGGGCUGUUGGAAGGGACCCGAAAGCUUGGGAGAACCCAUAUGAGUUCAAUCCUGAUAGAUUCCUGGGCAGUUCCAUUGAUCUGAAAGGAAAUGAUUUUGAGCUUAUACCAUUUGGUGCUGGUCGAAGAAUUUGUCCUGGGAUAUUUAUUGCACUCGCCACUGUGGAACUUUCACUUGCGAAUCUUCUUCAUAAAUUUGACUGGGAAAUGCCAUCUGGGGUGGAAGAUAUAGACAUGGAUGAUGUGCUACCCGGUCUUAUUCCUCAUAUGAGGGAUGCUCUCUGCCUUGUGCCUAAGCUUGUGUGUGAUGGGAAAAUGGGGCAUAAAGGCACCGGAGCUCAUGAUUAUUAGCUAUUUCCAUUAAUUUGUUCAAUAUGGGCUUGCUACAAUAAAGAAUGGAGCAUAAUCGUUUUAAUGAAAGAUCCAUUAUUAGAUCAAGUAUGGCACUGGAUAUUUGUAUUGAUCGUGCACUAUCGUUUUUCAUGAUACAAUAAAAAGCAUUACGGCUUGGAUGGC